AAUGACAAUAACUAGUAUAACUAUAACUAUUCCCAUUGGAAUUGCAAUUGCAGCAGCAACAGUUUUAACUGAUAGAAUUUAUUCUAAAUACUUACCAGAUACUCCAGCUUUUGUUGGUUCUGGUUUUUUUGUUGAUUUUCCUGUGUAUGGAUGUCCAGUGCUUGUUUUUGAUCCACUAGUGGUUUUCGGGACCGUAGUUGUUUCUGGUACUUUAGUCGUGGUUUUCGGUACUUUAGUUGUAGUUUUCGGUACUUUAGUCGUAGUUUUCGAUCCCGUAGUUGUUUCUGGUGCUUUAGUCGUGGUUUUCGGUACUUUAGUCGUAGUUUUCGAUCCCGUAGUUGUUUCUGGUGCUUUAGUCGUGGUUUUCGGUACUUUAGUCGUAGUUUUCGAUCCCGUAGUUGUUUCUGGUGCUUUAGUCGUGGUUUUCGGUACUUUAGUCGUAGUUUUCGAUCCUGUAGUUGUUUCUGGUGCUUCAGUCGUGGUUUUCGGUGUUGUGAUCGACGACUUUGGUGCAUUACUAGUGUUGCCUAUUUGGAAAAUUCCCGGUUCAAAUUAA